AUGUAUCAAUCAUGGUUUACUUAUCCAAUCUCAAAGCCGUAUCCUUUCCGAUGGUUCGCCCCAGUGACGAUUGUUGGAGCCAUCAUACUGGUUGUUCUCGUCUCACUGGCGAAUCUUUCCGCCAGUGGAUACUAUUUAAAGACCAUAUAUACUGAAGAUCCAAAUGGGACAGUGGCUUCUGCGAACCAGUCAGUUCAACUCAUCCUGUUGUGGUUUUUAAAGCCACCCUUCAACUGGGACAAGAACUUUGCCGCCAGGUGCCAGCCAAAUAUCCUUUCCGUUGGCGACAAAUUCUUUACUACAAAUCAAGGCCUUCAAUACGAGAUCGAAUCGAUCACGCAGAAGAGCGAUGGCAGUCCACUAGUAUCCGUUCCAUACCAUAACAAUACACUCCAGGACUGUUAUGUGUCUAGAUCAGAAAUCAACCUCCGGAAAGUUGAUUCCAAGUCGCCACCAAGCUGGUGGAUGUCAUGGGUAGACUCCAGAAGGGCUGCUAAUGCGAUCUGCACUUAUACUUCUGAGAGCGGAACUAUCCAGCUUAAACUGAAAACGGAGAGUUAUAGUCCUAUUAACACCAACUACAAAACUCAUGCUAUAGCAUGGUGGGGAGCUCAAUUGGCCAGUAUUUACCACUGGGGUAUCAUGAUAGUGAUUUCUCAGGUUGAUGAAUACAACGAGAUAUCUAAUUUUGGUUAUCCCGAGUAUGGAAACGUAUACUACAGUCGCAACACAUCGAUAAACGAGUGCGUUUCCACCCUUAUGUCUGAUUCAAAUCCUUCAUGGAGCGUUCUGUUAAUCUUCCCAAGCAUCAAAUCCGACGACUUUUUUUCUUUGAGCUAUUCCAUUGUCACAUCUAAUGGCGGGGUCCUUAACAAUGUCGCUGUUGAUCGGCCACUAUUUGGCAUGCAAACAGAAGGCCGUCACCAUGCUAGGAUAGUCCAGUCUCUCGUCUCAUCAGACUUGGGCAAUUGCCAACAACCCAAUAUUCUCCUGGACGACGAGGGUCUCAAGUAUGCUAUUUUAGACCCUAAAAAUAAGAACAGGGAUAAAGGUGGAAUUCUCUACAACGAAGCUAAAGAUAUGCACGAUCCCAUUCGUGCGGUUCUCCUUCAGACUCCCAAGUCGAAAGCGGUCGCGGAUAUCGUGUUGAGCGAGGCUUAUGAUAAGAUCUCUCCAGAUAUGGGCGAACUUACCUGCCGGAGCGCCACUGUUGUCGCUCAAUAUAUGUGCUCGAUCCCGGUACAGAAAAGCAUAGGAACCAUGCUGGUAUCUUUGAUAUUGGCAAAUCUCGUCUUCCUUGGCGGAGCCUGGAAGCUGUUAAAUACGAUUGCUGCAACUCUGUUAUUAAGACAGGGACCCCAGGUUGACUUUUGCAAAGGAUGCCAGGAGGCGCUCUACCAAGAUUCCAGGACUGAGAGUAUAGAGAUGGGAAAUAUUGGGAGGUCGAUUGCGGCCGAAGAAACAACUUCCGAGCUGGCUCCUGUCGAGCAGGAUUCCGUGUUGCUGUUACCUAAAUAA